CUUUGAAGAAGGUGAAGCUAGAUCUCAUUCAUGUGGAUCUGAAACUUGAUGAAACAACCACGUAUCUGAGUUGGUCGCGUCGGAUUGAUGCCACUUUAGUUUGGAGGAGACUAGAGGGAUAUCUGACGGGAAUAAAAGCUGAGUUAGGUAUGACAGGUGCUCGGGGGGAGACACGUAGGUGCUACAACUGUGGGGAAAUGAGACACUAAAACCUGUCCAAAGCCACCAAAGGGGAGAGAGAGAGAUGGAUGUGGACAGUCCAGAUGUCGUGACCGUAGCCAUGGAUGCCAAAGAGGUGGAAGAGGGGAUUAUCAGGCAAAUUUGAUGGUCGCGAAAGACGAAGGAGAGACCAGGGUGGUCUUUACUAAUAAGGAUCACGAGCUCCUUGAGAUGUUAGAGAGGAAGCAAAGAACGACAAGUGAUAUGACAGGAUGCAUCCAUCUUAUCAUCAUUCAAGGGAUUGUUAUUUAUGUUCACUUAGCCAAAGGUGGAACUGCAUUUAACGGCGUGGCAGAAGAGCUGAAGAAAGUUACAACUCGAGUUUCGCAUGUUCUUCCUAUUUCGGAUGAUGGGGGGAGUACAGCUGAGAUUGUACGAGUUGUUGGUGGACCAGCUGUAGGGGAUAUAAGAUCAAGAUGUCUGAGAUUGUCUGACGAAAGCACUUCUGAAGCUAUUGCUGUUAGAAGACUGCUUGGACACAGAUUACCUCUCGAUGCAUCAGACGCUAAAUCUGAGUGGUAUCAAAUUGUUGAAGGCGAGCAUUUCUUAUGGAAUGGUGUUUCCCGUCCUUAUGGGGAAACAAUUCGUGCAUUUUUAGCUUACUUUCAAAAUCAGAUUCUUCGACGUGCGAGUGAUUCUUUUUGUUUCAGCAAUGGCAGCAUUGGAAAUUUCUUCUUUGCUGGGGCUCGCUUAUUCUUUCAGUCUAUGGAUGCUGCUAUUUUUUUGUUCUCACGCGUUUCACAAAUUCCGAGUGAAAGUUUUGUUUUACCAGUGAUUUGCACGAAUGAUCGCCUCACUCUGGGAUGCGAAUUAUGGGAUGGAGAGAUAAUACGUGGUCAAAAUGAAAUAUCACAUCCAACUACUGGAGCCGUGCAAGCUGUAAAUAAGGAUUGCUCUUCAAUUAUAGCACUACCUUCAAGAAUCAAGAGAGUAUUUUAUUUGUCAAGUGAGGGUAGUAACUUGUUGCAUGAGAUCUUUCCUGAAGUUAACUCGAGUGUUCUGGAGCAGUUGAGUACUGUGGAUUGUAUUGUUUAUUCCAUGGGCUCCCUUUUCACUUCUAUCUGCCCAUCACUGAUUUUGUCUGGCAUUGGUGAGAUUAUAGCAUCAAGAUCAAUUCCUAAGGUCCUUCUGUUAAAUGGUUCACAUGACCGUGAAACCACUGGCUUAUCAGCAUCUGACUUUGUAACUGCAAUUACUGAUGCCCUUAAUCGCACAUAUGGAGAGCCCUACAAAUGCCUUCAGAACUAUCCAAGUGAUUACAUCAAUGCAUUACUUGUCCCUAAAGAUGGCCAAGUCCCAGUUGAUUUUGAAUGUCUGGAUGCUCAAGGAAUAUCUAAUGUGAUUGUGGUUAACUCCAUCAAUGAUCCAAAGUUUGGGACAGUUUUCGAACCAUCUUCAUUAAUCAAAGCUUUAUUAAAUCUGAUUCCUCAUUUUGUUGAGGAAGCUGGGGCUAAUUAACACAUAGUUUCAGGUACGUUCGUAUGCUGGGAAUUUAUGUGAAAGGAAAUGGAGAUGAUAUUAAAUUAACGGCUGUUGAUUUGCACUCAUCAUAAAUUACUUUUGUUGCUUAUUAUUUUUUCCUCUUUUUGAUAAUAUUUAUUCUCUUAAUAGGAAUCCUUUGGUGUGUCAGCUUCAUGUCUUCCAUCCCUCUAUGAUGGAUGAACAGAAAUUAUACAGAAAAUCAACGUAAUAAAGGGGCUGGCAUAGGGUUUAGCCAACAUCUACUUGCCUGUUAUAUUAUUUCCUAAAAACAUGCUAAUUUUAUUGGUGGAAUUGCAUACAUAGCACUAAACACUAGAUUUUAAAUACCGCACACCAAAACUUUAAAUUUUAUACGCAGCACCUAAAACACCUAAAUAACAACAAAAUGGAACCUUUUAAAAGCCCAAUCAUCCCCCACUCACGCUGCUAGUUGCUCGCAACGCUUGCAAUCUCACUAGCACAACACUGAAACGUCUCUCCAACGACGUGUUCUCUCGGAAUAUUAGGUUUAAGUUGGUUGACACUGAAUACAGAUUUUUGGCAGGUUAAGGUCGAUGCCCAUGUUCUCAUCUCUCUAGUCCAUGAGAACCGUCUGAUUUAAAUGGAAUUGGUGGUACGAUGUUUUCACGUAAAAGAGUUCAAACUCGAGGACUCAAAUAACAACUCAUUUAAAAAGAAUAAUAAUAAUACAUCAAACCAAAAAAAAAAAAA